AGACUUCUGAUUGGAUCCUGCGGACAAAACCGGCAUCCGAUUGGUCACUGCUCUGGAAGGAGGUGGGGUCGCAGCUGGGUGCUGAAGCAAAGCUGAGAAGCCCAGGCGAGUCUCAAAGUUUGUGUCUGGAGCAGUCGUGGAGCCGGGGGCUUAUCGCGAAGUAGUUUUCUUGGGAUGGGAGUUCAUCUCCUGUCUCUCCUCUGCAUACACGUCCUGUUUUAGCUCCUGCGGCCUCCCGCCCGAUUCCCGGGCGCUCUGUGUUCCCCCGAGAGUCUCUCAGGUCCGGGAGGACGCGGGUCGGGGGCCCUGGGCGGCUUGCCGCUGAGGCGCCGGAGUGAAGGUGUUCCUGCCUCGGCGCGUCAGGGACACACACACACACACACACACACGCCCCGAGGGAGCGGGAUCCUGCGGGUGCCAGGCGGCCCUGCCCCUCUCCCCGCCCGCCCUCAGCAUCCUCGGCCCUGCGCGAUUCCGACCACCAUGGAGGUGCUGGAGAGCGGGGAGCAGAGCGUCCUGCAGUGGGACCGCAAGCUGAGCGAGCUGUCAGAGCCCGGGGACAGCGAGGCCCUCAUGUACCACACGCACUUCUCAGAACUUCUGGAUGAAUUUUCCCAGAACGUCUUGGGCCAGCUCCUAAAUGACCCUUUCCUCUCAGAGAAGAGCGUGUCGAUGGAGGUGGAACCGUCACCGACAUCCCCGGCGCCUCUCAUCCAGGCCGAACACAGCUACUCCCUGAGUGAGGAGCCUCGGGCCCAGUCACCGUUCACCCAUGUGACCAACAGUGACAACUUCAAUGAUGAGGAAGUGGAGAGUGAGAAAUGGUACCUUUCUGCCGACUUUCCUUCAGCAACCAUCAAGACAGAGCCGAUCACAGACGAGCCAGCCCCAGGACUUGUCCCGUCUGUCACUCUGACCAUCACAACCAUCUCUACACCUUAUGAAAAGGAAGAACCCUCACUGGAAGUACAUACUGGGGUUGAUUCCUCGUGCCAGAUGAUUAUUCCUAAAAUCAAGCUGGAGCCUCAUGAAGUGGAUCAGUUCCUCAACUUCUCUCCUAAAGAAGCUUCUGUGGACCACCUGCACUUACCACCAACCCCUCCCAGCAGUCACAGCAGUGACUCAGAGGGCAGCCUGAGCCCCAACCCACGCCUACAUCCCUUCAGCUUGCCUCAGACACACAGCCCUGCCAGAUCCGUGCCCCGGACCCCUUCUGCCCUCUCCACUUCUCCUCUCCUCACAGCUCCACACAAACUGCAAGGCUCGGGGCCCCUGGUCCUGACAGAAGAGGAGAAGAGGACCCUGAUUGCAGAGGGCUAUCCCAUCCCCACCAAGCUGCCCCUGACAAAGUCAGAGGAGAAGGCCCUCAAGAAAAUCCGCAGGAAAAUCAAGAAUAAGAUUUCUGCCCAGGAAAGCAGGAGAAAGAAGAAAGAAUACAUGGACAGCCUGGAGAAAAAAGUGGAAUCUUGUUCAACCGAGAACCUGGAGCUUCGCAAGAAAGUGGAAGUCUUAGAGAACACCAACAGGACUCUGCUGCAACAGCUGCAGAAGCUGCAGACCUUGGUGAUGGGCAAGGUUUCUCGUACCUGCAAGUUGGCUGGCACACAGACUGGCACCUGUCUCAUGGUCGUAGUGUUGUGCUUUGCCGUGGCCUUCGGCAGCUUCUUCCAGGGCUAUAAGCCCUAUCCUUCUGCCACCAAGAUGGCACUGCCCAGCCAGCAUUCCAUGCCGGAGCCGUACACAGCAUCUGUUGUGAGAUCCCGGAACCUGCUCAUCUAUGAAGAACAUUCUGCCCUGGAGGAGCCGUCCAGCCCAUCCUCAGCCGGGGAGCUGGGGGGCUGGGACAGAGGCUCCUCCCUGCUCAGGGUGUCAGGGCUGGAGUCCAGAGCCGACGUGGAUCUUCCUCAUUUUAUUAUCUCAAAUGAGACCAGCCUGGAGGAGUCAGUGCUGUCGGAACUGCAGCAGCAUCUAGUCAGCACCGAACUGGAGGGCAACGAAACGCUGAAAGUCGUCCAGCUGGACAGGCGAGUGAACACUACCUUUUGAAGAGGCUGGCUCCUCCCAGUUGCCCUUAACUCCGCUUCUCCAACCACGAAUCACCCCGGUCAUAAGCUUGUCCUCUUUGUCACUGGAUCUUAACAAAGACACAGAUGAGGGCGUCAUGGCUUUAGAUGGGAGACCAGCCUGGGGUUUCCACCUGCAGCGUGAGAGCAUCUUACCCUCUGGUCCCUGCCCCUCCCCCUGCUCUGCAUCUGCCCCUCCCUGCCUCUUACCGCUGUAGGAUAUGAUUUUAGGGGUGUGAGUGGGACAAGCGGGCUUGUUCCCACCAGGGAUGCCAACAAACAAAUAACCCAAGAUGUUGCUCGAUUCUUCUAUGAGGUGUGACUCCUCUCUGAAGACAAGACUGGCUCGAUGGCCACCCCAGACUCUAGCCACCAGAAUGCCAUGAUGCCUGUUGAGAUUUGGCAGAGCGGUGACUCCUGUCCUCCUUCGUGCACACCCGGGGCUCCCAUGUGAAUGCUUCUGACGUAUCAGCACCUCGCCUCGCACCACCAACCCCUGCCAUCUGGAGCCCUCACCUGACCGCGGUCCAGCUCAGGCAGCGGUGGGCAAGGGCGUCCCUUCAUAUUCUCAGGCCGCAAGUGCAAUGCCUGAAGGGAUCAGGCUUCUCCACUCCUGGCAUACCUGCUCUGCCCUGUUGCCAGUAGGAUUCUACCCCACGACGUGCCCCACCCCAACUCCCACCCCACCAUAGUUCUGCCUCUGCAGCUUCUCCUCCCCCUUUGUAAAUAGUAUUUAUUAGCUCGCCCAGGCUUUCUGCUCGCAGCCACAGCAGAGCAAUCCACAGCUUCCUUCCAAACUGCUCUUCUGGCCUUCAGAGCUGGUUUGGGGGUGAUGGGGGAGUCCCUAGAUUCUGGGAUCCCCAGUCUUUCCAGAUGACGUUUUCUUCUUUCUUUGUACUGGAGGACUGUAAAGCAGUUCCCUUUGAGAAAUCUCCCUUAUGUCAUUGCCUCCUUACAAAGGGGACGAACUCAGAGAGAAAGACAGAGCAGUGUCUGCCCUGCGCCAGUCUGCGGUUUGCGGUCCGAUGCGCUCCCGCCCUGGUUCCGGUAACAGAGUGCGGAGGUCCUCUGCCUGGCCACCUUGCCAGCUCCUGGCCACGCCUGCCUCUGGCCCCUCCUCCUGUCCUGCCUUCUGCACUUCCAUUUUUGCCCCCUGCGUCUUCUGCUCUAACAGCGUGGGUCAGUCAGAUCGGGCAUAGGUGACUUUUGAGCCUUCAUGCCCUUACUUUUACUGGCAGGUUUGGCAAUGUUGCAGCUCACCCAAAGAGAUACAACCCAACCCCUCCCCUACUUUAUUCUUUUUUUUUUUAAUGAUUAAAAGUAAACUUUUGUAGUUAAUUAUUUUUUCUUUCCUAUUUCAUACAAAGAUAUGAAAAUGGUCUUGUAUUAUAUAAAGUAGAAGAUUCCCUUAAGUGUUUUUCUCUAGCUUGUAAAAGAUCUCAUGUAGGAAAUUUGCUUACAUCUUGUAUUUUAUUUUUAGUAGCAGCUGAAGGGCCUUUGGCUUGAGGUUCCCUGUCUCUCUCUCUUGCUUGUCAUCUACAUGGUCACUGAACUUAAGAAGGAUUAAGCCACAUGCAGGCCUCCCAUUCCCUAUCAGGGACUGGAUUUGGUGUCACGUGAGUCUGCCAUUGUGCCACACGAGCACAAUCCCUGCGUGGUCCGCCUGAGUUCAUUUAGAGUCACCAUGGUGAGUGACUCCUCACUGUCCCUGCUGUGACGGAGGUGCCUCCAGCCUGGGAAACAGCCCAACGUGUCUGCUCACUCGCAUCAGGACUGCUAUGGGCCUGGCAGCCCUGCUGUCUGCACGGUUCUCACUGUCCCAGCCAUUGUCUGUGUCGCAGCGAGGAAGGGGGCGACCGAUGGCCUCUGCUAGACUUCUCUCUGGAUCCUGCUGGGCCCGGUCAGUGUCCGGUGACCUUGAACCAUUGCUGACCUAUGCUUCUGUUAAACUGCCGUGUGUUUGUCCGGCCUAGGUAGCCUGUGAGGUCCCAGAAGGCAAGCAGAUGGAAUGGAUUCGAGUGAUGUGUAUUUGCACAGUGAGGAAAGAGAAGUUGUCACACUUGAGGGCGGAAGGGAGAGAAUGGGCAGCCCCCGCACAUCCACCAGCUACGGGGACGGACCCACACUGGGGAUUCAGGCUUCCACAGAGGAAAUCUUGCUCUUCUGAAUGAGGAAGGAAAAGGGAGAAAGAAGCUUCUAGUCUCUGUCCUUGCUGCACGGAGGAUUUCGUUUUCUGCCCUACCUACCGUUGCUGCAUGUCACCGUAGCAAGGCUUUUUCAAGGAAACCAUCUUUGCAGAACAGCCAGCUAGCCAGCAGCCCUUUAAAGUAGGUUCUAAAGGCAAAUUUUGCUGUUCUUUUUUGGGGAAAAAAAAAAAAUCUCCUCGCUUGAAUGAGUAAAGGGAACCAAAGGAGGGCAAAAGUGGGUCAAGAGGACGUGGGGGGGUCGGGGAGCGAGUGGCAGAUGGGCCCCAGAUAUCUGAUGGGGUGUGCCUGUCCUCGGUCCAAGGCUGCGCUCACAGGCUGUAGAUCAUGUCCGCACUAAGCAAACAUCCCACGGUCUAACCGGUGCUUCAUACUGGAGAUUUCUGCCAGAGCGUGAACAGUUCUGGCCUGUUCCAGCUGCCAGCCCUAAGCCACUGAGAAUCUGAUCAGUUAACUCUUUGAUCAUGCAAGCAGGCCUUCCCCUUGCCCUAUCUUGACUGCACUAGUUAAGGGGCCGCCUUGCGGAUAUGUAGAGAACAGUGAGGCCCAGGUCCCCAGGACACUCAGGAAAUGAUGGUGUCAGCCAAAGGCCUUGGUGCCAGUUUGAAGAAAGAGUGUCUGAAGUGCUGGGGCUCCGGAGCCAGGCUCGCAGGAGGAGAGGGUUAUGUAAAGAUCUGACAGCCGAACUAGGCUGCUCCUGUUUGGUAGGAAGUGGGGUGAGCUUUGACAUCAAUGUAGGCAAAAUUAGAUAACCUGUCGGUUAACAUGAUUUUAUUUGGAGACCUCAUUUGUAGAUUAGGAAGGCAGCUUUCAGUUCAAGUUACUUACAGACUGGCUAUGAAUAGACGGCCGGUUUGCUUUCUAAGUCUCAGUUCAGCUCAGAUGCUGAAAGGGGACCGUGAAUCCCACGUGUCCACAAAGAAGGACUGACUUAAUUCUUUCUUAUUCCAGCGUGGGACCCUGGCCAACAGCGUUGUCUUGUAUGUUUUAUUGAGAUCCUUUCACAGCAUCUCAUGGCUGCUCUCCGUGCUGAGGCCCAGGCAGAUCAGAGCCGCCCAGGGCCAGCUCCUCUGAACACCUGUCACUUACAGUUUGCUUUGCAGCCGAAUGCAAAAGAGACAACCCACCCCCCAGCAAGGAGUGGGCCAUCCGAGCUGCCCCUGUCCCCACGGGGAGGCCAGAGAUGGAAGAGGGGGUGUGUGGCCUCCCUCUGCUCUGCCUUAAGCCAGUCAUUGAGUUCUGGGGAAUCUGGUCUUUGAGAACCUGGAUGAAAGGCACAGGCACUCCCGCUCUCAGGCCUGGCAGGCCCGGGAAGCUCUCAGCGGGUGGUGCUCUGCGGACAGUCAUUUUCUGUCACUGCUUUCAGCUGAGACAAUUAGCAGAGCUGGAUAAGCCUCCUGGGAUGCUGUUACAGGAGCCAGUGGGGAGUGUGAGAGGGAGCCAGAAACAGUCAGGUUAUUCCAUCCUUUCUUCCUCCCUCCAUCCCUUCCUUCCUUCUCUCCUUGGCUCCCUGCUAGGAUUUGUGAGUUUUAUUAAGGAAGAGCGUGAGGCCCUAGGGAGUAAGAAGGACCAAGGAAAUCUCACUCGUUACAGCUUUCCAACAGACCCAAGCAGCCACUCCCACACUGGCACACUCGUGCGCACAGACACCCUAUCUUGUAUGUCAUUGUGCCUUAAAUAGUGCCUUACACAAGCCCCCCUGGGGGCCUGAGGAAUCCCUUUUCCCCCGAGGUUUUAUGGUAUUAGAUUCCAGGGCAAUGGGAGGCGGGGAGGGAGAGAGCGGCAAGAACUUUUUCCAAAUGUCAAAAUUGUUUUCCUGGAAGUCGGCCACUCCCAGGUUGACCAGUCAGGAGAAAAGAAAUGGGGUCACGUCCAUUAGGAAAAUCUCAUUUGAUAGGGGUGCAAUCACAUUUAAAAAGCCUGGCUAGUCAGGAUUAAAGGCAUUGUAAGUCGUCGUAGCGGGACAUUUGGGGACUAAUGCAGUCAAAGGACGGCGCUUAACUGCAGAGAAAGGUCAAUGUUGUGUUUUGUCAUUCAGGGUCACCUGACAUUCAGAAAUGCUUUGUUUUGUGUCAGUUUCUAGGAGAUAGGGAAAUGAUGUUUCUGGAGCACUUACUAAGGUGUUGGGUGCUGUGCUGAGUUUUGCUUUAGCCUCACGGGUAGAGUAACCGGGGUGACAGAUCCCAUGCCAUGGAUAAGCCUGUGUGAGGCAGAGGGGCGGGGGCGCGUGAUGCCCGAUGCCGGUGACCUUGCAUCCAUGCCUUUGCUUCCUGCUGGAGCUGUCCACCAGAUGCCCAGCUUCUGUCUUUUGCAUUGCAUCUUGUGGAUUUCCAGCUGGCAGGCUUUGCAUCCCAGGAAAAGGAAAACCAGCAAGUUAAGUAAGCAGUGUGGCUCUGCUGCUCACCAGUUGGGUGAGAACAGGAACUGUUUGCACCGUAGACCUGUGACCCACACUACUUAGCAAUUCUCCCUUCCAGGUAAAAUGCUCUCUGAGUCUACGGGAAACACCAGCGCUGUUGGACAAGCCGGGAGCGAUCCUUCCAGAGCAGGAGUGA